AUGGGGAGGCAGGCGCCGAAGAUGUCGGCCAGAGUCGUCAACGCCAUUAGAAAUCUGCGAGAGGCGCAUGGCUCCACGUCGAAGGAGAUUAUGAAUUACAUCAUGUCGCAGUGCAACGUGCCCGAGACGACCGUGCAAAGACAGAUGCAAGCGGCGUUGAAACGCGGCCUGGACUACGGUAUCCUGAAGAAGAACCACGGCCAUUAUUUCCUAAACACGGACGCGGAGCCGCGCCUCGCGUCGAGCCUGGUGCCGAUCGAACAAGACGGAAGACGAAGACGACGCGGCCGCGGACGUGGACGUCGACGAAGCAGAGGCAGGAGAGCCCGUGGACGUCGACGCAGCAGAGCCAGGAGAGGCAGGAGACCCAGGAGGAGAGGUCGACGCAGUCGUCGUCGUCGAUCGAGGCGUCGAAGGGGUCGCGGUGGCGUGAAGACCAGACAAAUCGGCUGCACCAGAUGCCGGUGCACUACGAGAUCGAGGAACGUAGAUGUGCUGAAGGGUACGCCGAUGGAGCAACAAGACCCGGAGAACAUGUGCAUGUGCGAAAAGGAGAGCAACGUGGAAAAUCAAAGCAGACAAAGCAGGAGCCGUGAUCGUAGCCUGAGCCGUAGUCGAUCAUCGGCGAACAGCGAUCGAGACGACGCGAUCGACGAUCGACGACCGAUCCGCGAUCAAGAUUAAUCGUUCGAGGAAGAAGUUCGUGCGGUGACGGCUCGUCGUUAGCGGUGACAAUCUCUUGGCGCGUUGUCG